AAACAAACACAUUUAUAUUUUGAAAAUUUCUCAAAUAACGCAAAUAAAAAGCCAAAAUGCCCUCUUUGGCAACGGCAUCCAUCAGUUCAUUUAAGUUAGCACGUUUUAGUCGCCCGCUGCGGUUCAACGAUCCCAUUGUACGGGAACAGCCCGAGUGCUAUUCCAUACGACCAUCACUCAUCGACUAUAUACGCGAAGACCUACAGGAGUUAUCGCGACGUCUCUUCUACCAACGCAUCUAUAUAUUGGCGAAGAACAAAUUGGAUGCGGAGCCACCGCAGCUACAAAGUCGACCGACGCCGCCAACACUGCCGCAUGGCGGUUCGUACCGAGGGGGUAGGCGCUCACUGACCUCUGUGACAUCGGCACGACGAGAAACACUCGAUUUUAAGAUAAUCCUACAAAUGGAAUUGCAACACAUAUUAGCGCGCGAUGCCGAAAAUAGUAUUUCGGGUGAUAGACCCACGGGCAUAUUUCUGUACAUGGGCGAUUAUACGUUGUUGAUGUUCGAGUGCGUUGAAGAUAUUGUCGGCUCCUUUUGUACGCAGUUGAGUGCGAUCGCCGAUAAAUACUUUUUGGCAAAUAAAGUCUUUCUCACCGAAGAUCGCACCGGGGAGACUUACUUUCAAAAUUUUCAUUAUCGUCGUGCCGUCCCGAUUAACAUCAAUGAGAAGUUUCCACCGAACACCGUCACCGACAUUGAGCUAAUGAGUCAACAGCACUUGACAAUUAAGGAUAAAUUGUUUGAGCUGUGUGCGACACUGUCGCAAGAGAUACAGCGGGGCCAAGAUAAUACGGUACACAGCACAAUAAGCUCUGGUAAGGGCGCGUUCAGCUUGUGGCGACCGAGUUUUGAUUUCGGUGAGGAUCUAACGCCUGCCAUAUUCAAUAAACUUUUACCCGAAGUGCAGCGUAUCGAACUUGUGCUGAAUUGUAAUCGUUUCUACUGCAACGUGCAGCGACGCGCUUUAAUGUACAACCGUAUACCAAACGAGUUGGACGAUAAGCUCCAUUCUUGGCCCAUACCAUAUAAUUACACUCCGAUCGGCGUUUUCUGGCACUCGCCAUACGAUGUUAAUUUGACAUUCUCCGAUUAUGGCAAGAAGGAAGAGCAGGUAGAAGAGAAGGGCUCUGGUUCGGAUGAGGAGGGUGAAAAGAUCGCCUAGCGUAGUUGAUGUGUUAAGUUUUGGGCGAGCAUUUAUAGAGA